AUGGCGUUUUUCGCAAUGGCAGCAAUGCCGCCGCCUUGCAAGCUCAAGCUCAAGCCCACAACGUCCCACGCGGCCAAGGAUUUGAGCUGGCGGAAGAGCGAGCUGGCUGGCACUGGUGUGGCGGUUCCACUCGUGGUGCCAUUGCAGAGGCUUUCGUCCCUCAUCGUCCAGCCCCUGGCAAGCAGGGUGUGCGAGCUGACGGGCAAGAAGUACAACAACGCGCGCAAGAUCUCCUACUCCCACAUCCGCACCAGGAAGAAGCAGCAGCCCAACCUGCAGUACAAGCGGCUGUGGUGGGAGGCUGGGCAGAGGUUCGUCAGGCUCAGGAUUUGCACGCAGGCGCUCAAGACCAUCGACAAGAAGGGGCUGGACGCCAUGGCCAAGGAAGCGGGGAUAAACUUGCGCAAGCACCGCUAA